UCUCUCUCUCUCUCUCUUCCUCAGUUUCAUCGGUAGUACUGAUGCACCUAGUCGCCGUGUUCCGCAGAACGUUACGCGCCGCGCUCGGAACCACUGCGGAACACACCGCGUGUUCACAUCAGCUAGAACUCUAACGAGUCAUCGACGACAAGUUGAAACAUCUUCGGACGGGCUCUAACGGUCGAACACGAGUCGAUCAGACAUGAAGUAUUCACCGCAGCAACAGCAGCAGCAGCAGAAGCAGAGGAAGUCGGAGAGCGACGCUGCGUCCGUCGACGCAAACCUCAGCCGGAUGUCACGACGCCCGUCGUCCUCCACGGAGCGCAAGAGCUCGUCGGCGUCGUCGACGCGGGCGGUCUGCCGCUCGCCGUCCACCGGAAUGUUCGCCUGGAUGCGCGUGUUUCGGCUCGCGUCAAUGCUGCAUCAGGUCGGCUGCUAAAGAUUGCCGUCCGGGAUGCCGCGAGACCACCGAGAAUAAGAGAGUCGAUAGAGUCGUAUCUUAAAAAGAGUCACAGAUUAAUAAUUAAUAUCGUACAACAGAGCGGUGACGCGCAUCGCGCAGGCCGUGCGCCGCGCGCGAUCUACGACUACAUAUACAUACACA